UCCUGCCCCGCCCCGACAGCUAAAUAUAAUACUCUCCUGCAAGCGAUUCUGACUCCUGUCUCGACUUCACUCCGUGCUCGCGCCCGCUGGUGAACCAAGGAGAAGAGAGAAUUUAACGAAUAUUCUACCAGGGCAAGCAUGUCUGCCGAGACGGGGUUCACGUACUUGCUGACAGGAGGCUGCGGGUUUCUUGGCCGGCACCUGCUGCAGGUCUUGCUGGAGAAAGAAGACGGACUGACUGAGGUUAGACUUUUCGACAAACACAUCGACCCUAGCCUACAGGAUCACAGCACGGAGCGGGUAAAGGUGAUGGUGACACAGGGGGAUGUCACGGAUUACCCCUCGGUGUUAGAGGCAACCAGAGGGGCAGACGUGGUCGUCCACAUGGCCAGCCUGGUGGACGUUUGGCACCGGGUCCCAGAAGAGAUCAUCCAAAAUGUCAACGUCCAAGGUACUGUAAAUGUGAUUAAUGCAUGCGUGGAAAAUGGAGUACAGUACCUGGUGUACACAAGCAGUAUGGAAGUGGUGGGACCAAACGUCAGAGGAGAUCCCUUCAUCAGAGGGGACGAGGAAACGCCGUAUAAUGUGCGCCAUGAGAUGCCGUACCCCAGGAGCAAGGCAGAGGCGGAGAAACUGGUGCUGGAGGCUAACGGCAGGAAGGUGAGCGGAGGGGCGUGUCUGUACACCUGCUCCCUGCGGCCCACGGGCAUAUACGGCGAGCACCACCAGCUGAUGCGGGACUUCUACGAGACGGGGGUGCGCACGGGGGGGUGGGUGAUCCGGGGCGUGCCCCGGGACACGGAGCACGGGCGCGUCUACGCAGGUAAUGUAGCCUGGAUGCACCUGCUAGCAGCUCGCGCCCUGAGAGAGCGCCCCAACAAGCUGGGAGGGGAAGUGUACUUCUGCUACGACGAAUCUCCCUACAAGAGCUACGAGGACUUCAACUUGGAGUUCCUGUCGCAGUUCAACUUCCGGGAGGUGCGAGUGCCCCGGUGGGUGCUGUCGGGAGCGGCCGGCCUGAACGACCUGCUGCACUGGCUCCUGAAGCCCCUGUGCAGCUACACGCCGCUGCUCAACCGCUACACGCUGGCCGUGGCCUCCACCUCCUUCACCGUGCGCUCCGACAAGGCCGAGCGCCACUUCGACUACCAGCCCCUCUACAGCUGGGAGGAGGCCAAAGCCCGCACCCUCACCUGGGUGGACACGUUUCCGCACAGCACCAAGGCCUCCUAACCCCACCUGACCGCACGCUUACCUGGGUCGACACGGUUCCACACAGAACCAAGGCCUCCUAACCCAACCUGACUGUACUGGGAGCUGUGUUGACACCUUUCCACACAGCGCCAAGGCCUCCUAACCCCACCUGACCGCACCCUCACCUGGGUUGACACCUUUCCUCACAGCACCAAGGCCUCCUAACCCCACCUGGGUCAACACUUUUUCACGCCACACCAAGGUCUCCUAACCCAAAUUGACUGCACUCUGAGACUUGGUGGUCUGUGAGUCAUCUUUCCAGCCUGAUGUAAGGCCCUGUUUUCCCCAUCUGGCACAAACACGCCCCACCCUGUCCUUAGGGGCCUCAGUCACUCACAUAUUCACAGUUUGCUCUCGUAGAGACACAGAAACCUCGCAGAAUGUAAACAGCUGGGCCAGUAAUCACUGAAUGAAUGGAAGAACAAAGACUCCAUUUACCUUUAUAUCUCCCCCGCCCCCCAGUACCGAGGCUGCGUCCAAAUUUAUGUCACAGGCAGUGCAGAUGGUGAUAUAUGAAGGCUUAACUCUUUGACAGGGAAAAUUAAUGGCUUCAGUUAGAUCUUACCCAGUUAGCUGUGCAUUUAGAGGCGUUUGUGGGGGUUUAGAGUUCAACCUUAGGACCACCCCAGCUCAGAUACGUUUCAGCAAAGCUUGUGACACGAACACAACGGUGGCUAACUGAAGCUGUCUGAGGCUGACUGAAGCUGAUUGAGGUGGGCUGCUGAGGCUGACUGGGGCUGUCUAUAGCCUGCUUCAUUUAUUCAGAGAUCUGAAUUUAUUUUGCCUUUUGCGAUUGGGAUUUCUUCACUUAAGUUUUGUUAAAAAGUUUUUUUGAUGGCACACCAGUCAGGAAACACAGAACUAAUCACCCCAGGUGCUUAAAGGUGUGCUCCUCUCCACAAUACGGGGUCCAAUACCGGGCACACAUGCCGAGAGGAAGCGAAGACAAAACAGAAGACAAAACAAAACCAACGGCGCUGAAAAGCUAAGGGGCUGCUCAGCUAGAAAGCAGAGUGACUAAAAGCUUCUGCUGUGUUCGUUUCCUCCUGUUUGCGUUGUUUUAGUUUGUUUUAGGUUAGCAUUUAUGCCUAAAACCCCUGAGGGGAAGGGUGAAACAAUUUGUUUACUUCUUUUCGUGUUGGUAUGGGGGUGUGGGUGGGGAGGUGUGCUUUCUGUCUCUCUCUCCAUGUGGUAAAUUACAGUGCAAGCCUGGAACUGCCACAUUUCUCUGGGGGUGAGGGGGGGGGGGGGGGUGCAUAUGGUGUGUGCCACUUGUGCCACUUGUAAACAGAUUUGCAGACUGCAUUAGCUUUGCUGUUAUGUACCUUCUUCCACAGCGUCAGGAAUGGUGCCAUCGUUACUCUGUUUUUCAGGGUGCUCUAAAGGCACCGGCUCGUUUGACCCGAGCUGUACCCCGCCCCCCCCCCCCCAAUCUGAGCGUAGCCGCUUCUGCAUGAUGCCCUGCUGGCCCCUGGAAACUCAGGGACCCAAAAUACCGCCAUCAGCCUUGCCAGGUCAGAAACCUUUCCAGGCCCUGUGGUCUCUCAAAGCCUGUCCGCAAAGGUCAGAAAUGAGCCUUAGAAUCCCUGUCCCCCACUGCUGCAGUCAUUUUUAGACAAGAGGAAUCUGCAUUUCAUCUGUUUAACUAAGUUGAAACAUUCCUGCUAAUCAGACCUGGGUCAAAUACAUACUUGUUUUGGAGUCAAAUACUUUUCUGUGCUCUAUUGAUCUUGCCUGGUGUAAUUGAGCCUGCCAAUAUGACCAGAAGGCAGGGUAUGCAAUUUUGUAUUUCAUUGGUUUCAAUACACCAGACAAGAUCAGUAAAGCGUAGAAAAGUAUUUGAAACCAAAACAAGUAUGUAUUUGACCAAGGGCUGCUGCAAAUGGUCAAAUGUCUUGUUUUGCUUUUAUGAGAAGUUGUUAUUGGGACAUAUUUGUUUGCGUUCAGCAAUUAUACAGAGAAUUUUUUCCUGUGUGGAAUUCCAUAAAUAUAUUGCACCUUAUGAAAUGACACGCAGCAAUUACAAUACAUAACUAUGUGCAUACAUUACAUUACAGGCAUUUAUCAGACGCUCUUAUCCAGAGCGACAUACAACAAGUGCAUCGGUUCAAGGUGCAGAUAAACACUAGAGUGAAGUAAAGAUCAUAGUGCCAGAAGUGACCACAUAGAUCAGGACUCCAACCCUGUAGGGUAACCUGUUCAGCAAAUAAACAAAACAAUCCUGCCAAGUACAAAACUAGCACUGAAAUCACAUUUGCCUCAUCAGAAUCAAACAAAACAAUCCUGCCAAAUACAAAACUAACGAGAUUGCAUUAGCCUAACUAGGUACAUUGAGCUAAACUAGAGGCUAGGGAGGGGUGGGGAGAGGUGCAGCCUGAAGAGAUGAGUCUUUAGUCUGCGCUUGAAGGUAGUCAGAUUCUCUGCUGUUCUGUCCGACAUGGGAAGGUCAUUCCACCAGCGAGGGGCCAGGACAGACAACAGACGUGAACGGGAAGUACAGACACGAAGAGGGGGAGGUGCCAAGCGUCCAGAGUUGGCAGAAUGGAGAGGUCUGGCUGGUGUGCAGGGUCUGAUGAUCCUCUGGAUAUAUCCUGGUGCUGACCCCUUAGCCGCCUGGUAUGCAAGCACCAAAGUCUUAAAUUUUAUGCGAGCCAUAACAGGCAGCCAGUGGAGGUCAGUGAGCAGGGGGGUGACAUGGGAAUGUCUGGGGAGGUUGUAGACCAGACAAGCUGCAGCAUUCUGGAUGAGCUGCAGGGGUCUGAUGGCGGAUGCUGGCAGACCAGCCAGCAGCGAGUUGCAGUAGUCCAGGCGGGACACGACCAUCGCUUGAACCAGGAGCUGGGUUGCGUAGGUGGUGAGGAAGGGAUGGAUUCUCUGGAUGUUGUACAGGAAGAACCUGCACGUUCGACUCACUGCCGCGAUGUUCUGGGAGAGGGACAGUCUGUUGUCCAUCACCACUCCCAGGUUUUUGGCAGUGGGUGAUGAUGACACCCCUAGAGAAAAUAGAAAAGUCUAGGAGGUUAGAGGAUGGAGCAGGAAUGAAGAUCAUCUCUGUCUUACCUGGGUUCAGCUUAAGAUGGUGGUUAUCCAUCUCUGGAUGUCCCUCAGGCAAGCGGAGAUGCGAGCGGAGACCUGUGUGUCAGACGGGGGGAAGGAGAGAAAGAGUUGGGUGUCAUCGGCAUAACAAUGAUAAGACAAACCAUGGGCAGAGAUUACAGGACCAAGAGAUUGGGUGUACAGGGAGAACAGGAGGGAACCAAGGACUGAGCCCUGGGGAACUCCUGUGGCAAGGUGGCGAGGUGCCGAUACUGCACCGGCCCAGGCGACUUGGAAAGAGCGACCGGAGAGGUAGGACUCGAUCCAGUCUAGUGCUGUGCCACAGAUCCCCAUAGCUGCCAGGGAGGACAGGAGGAUGGGGUGGCCGACUGUGUCGAAGGCAGCAGAAAGGUCUAGGAGGAUCAGGACGGACGAACGGGAGGCUGCUUGUGCGGCGUGAAGCGACUCACUGACCGAGAGGAGUGCGGUCUCUGUCGAGUAGCCAGGUCUGAAGCCAGACUGAUGGGGGUCUAGGAGUCACUAUAUACAGUGGUAUUGAUUAUAUACAAGUAAGCACUUUUGGAUUUAAAUGCAGUUUAUAAAAUCUUUGUGAGGUCGCAAGCAUGCCCCUCGGUUAUCAAACCAUUAGAAAGGCUCUAUAAUCGUGCAAUACAAAUAUUAGACAAAAAGCCGAUAAGAUUUCACCAUUGUCACGUCCUAAAAAAACUGCAUGUUUUAAGUUUUGAUAAUUUUGUUAAGUUUGCCAAUGCCAAACUUACUUUUAAAUGUCUACAUGAUAUGGCUCCAACAUGUCUUAGUGACAUGGUGAAAUCUUUGCAGGAUUCUGGUCUCACCACUAGGGGAGCAAUUAUGGGGAAUUGUAAGGUUCCAUAUCGAAAAACCUCUUUUGGCCAGACAGCCUUUUCUAUUAAGGGGAUUAGCAUCUGGAAUUCUUUACCUGUGCAUUUUAAAACCAACCAUAACUUUGAGCAUUUUAAGUAUAAACUGAAGCAAUUUUUAAAAUGCACCCAGUCGUGUAAUCAUAUGUGAUUAUGAAUUGCUAGGUUUUUGUAAAAUUUUAUGAUAUCUUUACUAUAUUUUAAUGUAUUUUAUAAUGCUCUAGUAGUUUAUUGUAUGUGUUUUAUGAUUAUAUGAUUUUGUGCUGUAUGUAUGUGUUUGAAAAGCCCAGCUAGGGACAAGCAUCGCAAAUUAGCAUAUGCUAUAAAUGCUGCGAUACAUUGCAUUGGUUAUUGUUUAUCAAUACGCUAUUUUUAAAUGUAUCUGUCCCUAUCAAAUAAACAUUAAAUUAAAUUAAAUUAAAUUAACUAAAAUACUUGGGGCUAAAAUUAAACCUACAGCUAUUUUGUUUUUAGGGUCUCGUUUUCAAUUAGAGUUAAUGUACCUCUACUUGCCAUUUUAAUUUCACCGCCAUUGAUUAAGUCAACUUAGGUCAACAUUUUUUGUAUUCUGAAGAAAAAAGCAAAAACCACUUGCUGUAAUUUAUUAGUAAAAUUAAGGAAUAAUGUUUCUCGGAUCUGAAUCAUUGUUAAAAUUUUGAAGGAUAAAGGUGUGCUAGCUCUGUUGUCAUAAAGAAGGGAAUGUGCUAAGCAAAUAAAUAAUAUAAAGACAGUAUUUAUUUUUCUAACUGUAUCAAUAUAUGAUGAAUACAUUAAAUAAUAUAUCCAAUGUU